GAGGUGAAAAAUUCCAUGAGGAUACUUUCUCUGGUCAUCUACUGCCUGACGUUUCUCCUCGGAGUUCCCGGAAACAUGUUCGUUGUGUACAUCGCUGGAAUGAAGAUGAAGAGGACGGUUAAUACAAUAUGGUUUCUCAAUCUAGCGACUGCCGACCUCCUGUGCUGCCUUUCCAUACCCUUCAGUGUGGUGCAUAUCCUCCUUAACCAUCACUGGCCAUAUGGAUCCAUCAUGUGCAAGAUUCUCCCCUCUGUUAUAGUCAUCACCAUGUUUGCCAGCGUUUUCACCUUGAACUUGAUUAGUCUGGAUCGGUUUACUCAGGUGAUCACACCGGUUUGGGCUCAGAAUCAUCGUAAUUUGUUGCUUGCGCGGCUGUCCUGUGCAGCGGCCUGGGUCUUGUCUUUGGUGCUCAGUUUGCCCUUUAUGCUAUUAAGCCAAACUUUCACUGAGUUUAACGACACACUUUGCACAGUUCAUGCUGGUGAAGAAGUUGAUUCCAGCCUUUCAGCAUCUGGAACGUUAAGCGUCAUCAGAUUUGUGUUUGGCUUUUUGAUUCCUCUCAUAUGCAUCACAACAUGCUACGGAUUCAUCGCACGCAAGUUAGGCAGGAGUCCUUUUCACUCUGGACGAGCAACUCGCAUCAUGUUGGCUGUAAUUGUGGCCUUUGUUCUCUGCUGGUUGCCGUAUCACAUAGUAGAUUUGAUAGCAAUGUACGGAGAGAACUCGAGUUCCUCUGUGGCUUCGGCAGUGGAUCCGUUGGCCGUCUCUUUGGCGUAUGUCAACAGCUGCCUGAACCCCGUUCUGUAUGUUUUCAUGGGGCACGAUUUUAAAAAUAAGGUCAAACUUUCCCUAAGACGUGUUUUUGAAAGAGCUUUCUCUGAGGAGGAAGCACAAGCGUCACGAUCCACACAGUCACAACAAAUGCACUCAGUGUAG